GCCAACGCCGCCACCCUCCUCCCCCUCCUCCCCUCUCGCCUCCUCUCCCUCCCAGCCUCGCUCUCCUGAGCCCCCCACCUCCUCCUCUCUCCUCUGUUCUUGCCGUCUCCUAUCCACUCGCCUCUCCUCCUGCUCCACCGCCCUCCACCGGUUUGCCAACCUCUGCAUUCGUGGGGAUAUCCGUGGGAGCGAUUUUUCUUCUUGUGGCGGCAGCUGCUGCUACUGUCGUGGUUGUGGCGUAUGUGAAGCGGGGAGGCCAAGGAGCGGAGUUACACAGCCACUAACAGCCUCAGCAUCCCGUGUCUUCGGUCGCUCCCGCUGUCCAAAGUUCCCCGUGUCUCUCGUGGAACAAGCAACGGAUGGGUGGAGUGAGGUAAACAGGGUGGAGGAGCAGGGGUGGAGCAGCAUCAGCGGCAGCAGCAGCAGUGGGGGGCAGAGGUACAAGGCAGUGAGUCCUCUCAAUGCGCGCCAGGUGUGGUUCGUUGUGAGGCGCGGCAACGACGAGCUUUCCACCGACUUUCAGAAAGAGGUGGCCACGCUUUGGUCCAUCCGCCAUACUAACCUGCAGCGACUGCUGGGGUACUGUUGGGAGAAGUGUGGCAGUGCUGACAGCACUAAGAGUACUGCCUCGCCUGCUGCUGCUGCUGCUGAUGCUAGUGUUCAUUGUGCUGCUGCUGCUGCUGUUGCUGCUGCUGCUUCUGGUCAUGCGGUGGAGCAAGCAGAGGAGCAGGUGCUAGUGUUUGAGUGGGUGCCAGGAGGCAAUCUGCACAGCUGCCUUGUUGCAGGUAGCAUCACGGCCAACCUGCGAGCGGCCCACCUGCCGUCGGCACCCGAUGCCAUGGUGCUGCCCAUGGUGCGCCUCGCCCUCUCCUGCACCGCCUCAGACCCCCUCUCCCGCCCCACUGUCACCGACCUGCUCCGCUCCAUCAAGGCUCUCAAGCGCUCCCUCUCCGCCCUCCCACGCGCUGCCCUGCCGCCCAACGCGGGGGCCAGCGGGGAUGGUGACAUGCAGAAUGCAGCAGGUGGUAAGGGUGCUGCAGAGCAGCAGGGUGGGGAGCAUAGGGAUGUGGUUUUAGGGAAUUUCAGCCAGAAUGCGCUAGAUGCAAAGCUAGACUGGCUCCUGGAGGAAGAAGAUAGUGGUAGCGGCGUUUUGCCUGAGUCAGCAGAUGUGCGCGGCGCCACUGCCACUGACCCGUCAACUGAACCUGGCUCACCUGCAAUUUCCCCACCUGGCAAUGCCGCGCAGCGCCACACACACCUGCUUCGUGCAGGAUGUGUGUCCUGCUUGGAAGCAUCUUCUUCCCUCCCCAGCAGGCCCCCACCCACCGACCAGUCUCUCCCACGCACCCAACCCAGUCUCUCCUCGUUUCACUUCUCCUGUACUGCCUCCUCGCUAUCUCGUCCGGUCGAGGGUUUGCAAACCACCCCACCACCACGCUCUCACACAGCUAGUGUAGGCCUAGCUCCUGCAUCCAUCCCUCUUGCCCUCGCCAUGGCUGCUGACGAAACCACCGAUGGUGACGACGAGGCACGUCGUCACCAGCAAAAAUCACUCCCGCGUACGGGCCUCAGCUUUCUACAAAUCCCCGCUAAGAAGCUGUUAGAUCCGGAGCCCGUAGUUGCUUCAACAGAGGAUGAAGCCCACGUGGAUGAAGCGGGGCGAGACUUGCGGUCACCCGAAGUUUGCACUACCACGACGGAACCUGAACCUCCAGAAGUGACGGCUCCAGAAACAGAGAUUGGCGAUGCGGCUGGCGACUCUGCGAACAAGAAGCGCAAAGAGUCAAGCAGUGGCGGUGGCAAGCCGUGGUGGCGACAACCGAAGCCCUCUUCGAAGCGGUCGGCCCGUCCAAUCCGACGAGUGGAGGACGCGGGGAGUGACGACGACGAGGAUGACGAUGGCCUGCCGACUGUCGAAGAGAUGGCCCGUUACCCCGAAAUCGCUUUCGCUAAAGCGCAUAAGCGAUUCAAGACGUCGUGGGAGUCUUUGUUUCCGUGGCUAAUUUUAACUCGUGAUGACGUUGGUUUCCCCAUUUUGAGAUGCAGCACGUGCUUGGAACAUGGAGCUGAAGGCGCGAAAACGGCCUAUGGCAAGGGAGGCAGUGGAGGGCGUGACAUGCAGAAGGGGAGCAUCCGGACGCACCAACGGUCCACCGCACACCAGGACGCACACGCCGAGAUGAAGUCGAAGUUGAGCCGGAAGCUUCGUCAAACGAUGCUGAGCGAGUUCGAGGGCUUGGAUCGCAGCACGCAUCACAUCAUCACAGCUCUCAAGACCACCGUGUUCAUCUGCAAGUCGGAGGCGCCAAUCACCUCGUACGUGGGCACGAUCAAGUUCAUGGCCGAGCUCGGAGUCCCGAACCUUCCCUUGGAUUCCAAGGGAAACUACUUCUCGGAGGAGGCGUUGGCCGCGAAAGAUGCUGCUGAGAAGGUGACGGAGUUCAACAUCAUAGACCAGGCGGUGCGGAACGUGGCGGAGCAGCUUUCUAGCAACUAUUCAUCCCACCCCCACUCCCAGGUUGACAUCACGGUGGUCGCGGGGGAGGUGUCGCUCGCUUGCAGGACGAUCGAGGUGCGUUACGUGGACUGCGAGGAUCGUUUCGGCAACGAUCAGUCGCCCCUGCUCUGCGCGUUCCUGAAGAAGCACGGCAACCCGGAGCACCGCGAAGUCACCGUCAACGGUGUGGACCAGAACGGAGACGCUGCAGAGCACAAGUUCGUGCUUCACGAGCGCAAGUUCCCAGGCCAUACGACUGGCGGGGACUACUACUCCUGCAAGGCGGUGUGCCAGGAGUUUGCGAGGGUCUGCGUUGCCCGACUGGAGUUCCGCCUGGAAGACCUCAAGGACCUGGCCGGCUCCAAGCUUUUCCGGCCAUCAUGCUAUCCCGAUGACAACGAGGAGCGGAUGAAGAAGUGCCGCGAGUGGUUGCGCAUGCUUGACCGCAUGUUUCGCCACCGCCUCUUUGCAAUUGCCCGCGUUUCCCGCGUUUGCGUGGCAGCGGCGGUCCUACAGGAGGUCGCGGCGGCGGUGAACAUUGCUCCAUUCAGCGGGUGGGCGGCAGACGCGGACUGCCUGCUGGCUAAGAAGAUCUCGUGCGAUGCACAGGGGAUGGUCGACCACCUGAACAUCGGGGGUUUAAAUCUGAACGGCACCAUCCCCAGCAGCAUCUCCAAGCUCACCGCGCUAAGUGACUUGGACGUCUCCACGAAUAAUUUCAUAGGGAACAUCCCCUCUUUCAUCACACUCCUCUCUCAGCUUUAUUAUCUGACCUUUGAUCGCAACCAGAUUUCAGGACCCAUCCCCUCCACCAUCACGGCUCUCAAGAACCUAAGAGCUCUGAUGAUGGCCCAUACCAACAUUACAGGAACCAUCCCUUCCCACCCUCAUUUCCCUCUGCAUGCUACCGUGCAUCCACAUGGCAAUGCGCUGCAUACCAGUGACUUCUCAGACACUCACCUCAGUGGCACUAUCCCCGGCACUAUUGGUCAGCUCGCCAACCUCGCUUACUUGAACCUCGCCCACACCAACUUAUCUGGGUCGCUGCCAGCCUCGCUUGGUGCUCUCUCUAAACUCACUCUAUUAAACGUUAACACAGGGGUGGCAUGCGGCAGGGCUGGCAGCAGCUGUGAGAUUCAGCAGAACGCCUCCUCCUUCUUCUGCCGGGCUCUCUGCUUCGAGUUCUGUGCCUCCUGCAUCCCGCUCAACGUUGCCUGUCUCACCCCCCUCUCACCAUCACCACAACCAUCAGCUCACCAUCGGCUUCCCCACCCCUCUCCUUCCUCCACGUCAGCAUCCCGUGUCUUCGGUCGCCCCCGCUGUCCAAAGUUCCCCGUGUCUCUCGUGGCACAAGCAACGGGUGUGGUUCGUUGUGAGGCGCGGCAACAACGAGCUUUCCGCCGACUUCCAGAAAGAGGUGGCCACGCUUUGGGCCAUCCGCCAUACCAACCUGCAGCGACUGCUGGGGCAUUGCUGGGAGAAGCGAGAUACUGCCCUUGA